UAGUGGAGACACAGAAGAAGACAAGACUCCAAGCUACACGUCCUGGUCACUUUUCAGCUGGACGUGAAGAUGUGGAAUGUGAUUUCUGCACUGGGAGAAAAUACAAAGCCCUCAAGUCCUGUCUGGUGUGUCUUUCAGACACAUCUGUUUUACACACGGCUUUUACAAACUGAACCAGGAAGUGUGAGGUGCUGUUAGUGACUGUGUAUGAGUUUGUUUUUCAGUAAAAUGGCAGAAGCGAAUAUUUCUGUUGCUCAGGAUCAGUUGUCCAGUCUGGAUCUACUCAAGGAUCCAGUGACUAUUCUCUGUGGACACAGUUUCUGUAUGGGGUGUAUUAAUGGCUGCUGGGAUCAGGAGGAUCAGAAGGGAGUCUAUAGCUGCACUGCUCAGUGUUCAGCUGGACCUGAAGAUGUGGAGUGUGAUUUCUGCACUGGGAUAAAAUCCAAAGCCAUCAAGUCCUGUCUGGUGUGUCUGGCCUCUUUCUGUGAAACUCACCUCCAGCCUCACUAUGAAUCUCCUGCCUUUAAGAAGCACAAGCUGGUCGAAGCCUCCAGAUGACUCCAGGAGCAGAUCUGCUCUCAGCAGGACAAACUGCUGGAGGUUUACUGUUGCACUGACCAGCAGUGUAUCUGCAUUCUGUGUACCAUGGAUGAACAUAAAGGACAUGAUACAGUAUCAGCUGCAGCAGAAAGAGCUGAGACACAAGUCAUAGUAUCUUACAGCCGUCUUUUACAACUACUCAAGGACACAAACUUUUUUUGUUUAAAAAAAUCAUUUCAAAGUAAAUUUGGCUUGAGUAGAAUUGCUUUUAUAUGAUGCCAGUGAAAUUUCAUUGUGCCAUUUUCAGA